AUGCUAAUGUUCGAAACUAAUGUAAGGGCGAGGGUCGAGGACUUCAAGGCCGGCGAGAAACGUGCAAAUAACUUCGUGAAGCGCAACAACAUCCACAGCGUGCGACUUCAUGGCGAGGCUGAUAGCGUCGACAGGGCGGCUGUCAAGGUGGGCAUGGACGAAAUCAAGGCCCUUUGCGCGAAGUACCCGGCUAGGUUCAUCUUCAACGUCGACGAGACAGGCCUCCAGUGGAAGCUCCUGCCCAGGCGCACGUACCUUUCCACCUCGGAGGAUCGGAAGGCGGCGCGGGGUUCAAAGAGCAUGUACUUCAAGGACCGACUGUCUACCAUCAUGUGCUGCAAUGCCGACGGCACUGCGAAGGUGGACAGGGCCAUCAUCGGGAAGGCAAAGGAACCCCGCUGCUUCAAGGACGGGGGUUCACCUCUGAAGUACUUCUCGCAGGCUAACGCGUGGUCCGACUCUGCGACGUUCCUCAAGUGGGUACNGUACUUCUCGCAGGCCAACGCGUGGUCCGACUCUGCGACGUUCCUCAAGUGGUGGCUUGAAGUCUUCCUCCCGUUCGUUCGGCGCUUCACUCACGAACCUGUGCUGCUGCUGAUGGACGGCUGUUCCUCUCACGUUGAUCUCGUGGAUGACCGGGGGCAAGUGACCACCAAGGCCUACCCUCCGCUGUGCACCUCCGUACACCAGCCUAUGGAUCUGGGGGUCAUCGCCAAGACGAAAGUCGUCUACAGGAAGGAGCUGAUCGAUGUGAAGACCUCAACCAUGUUCGUGGCUGACACACUUCGCACACAGGCGAAAGCCCGCAAGAUGAAGGCCGGGACAAUGGGACUGGCGCAAGGGCACCAACCUCACGUGCGGGACGCCGCUGAACUUCUCGAGAAAGCAUGGGCCAGCGUCACCGCCCAGGGUACCGCCAGGUGCUUUGUCAAGGCCGACACGCUUCCUCCGGAGAUGGCGGCUGAGCUCACCAAACAACAUGGAAAGACCCGGUUUAGCAUCGCCGAACCUGACUUGAAGGCUCUCACGGAGACCGUCAACAAGAUGAGCACGAGCGUCGGCGACGCGCACGAGCAGCGAGCCGGCACCGUAGACGAGGAGAUCAGCGAGCUCUUCGCAGAACUCGACAUCGAACCCGGAAAGCCGGUCGAGGGAGAAGCGGUGAGCGCCAUUCAGGGGUGGGCUACCAUCGAGGACGACGAUGAGGUGGCAGAGGCUCUUCGACUGGACGCAGUGGACGAAAUGGCGGCAAUGCUGGCUGGAACGCACGUGACAACAGGCGGCGAGGAGGAGGACUAA